AGUGUGUCUGUCGGCAUGCGUGUACUCCUUCAUGCUGGGGCUGAGCUUCGGGAGUCCAACGGUGGCCGUGGCCCAGCUGAGGGCAAGGGCGAACUCAACCGACGCAGUCAGCAGGGAAAUGGGCUCUUGGAUAGCAUCUGCAUCCGGCUUUGUCGCAAUCCCGACGGUGGUCAUCUCGGUCAUCGUUGUACAUCACUUCGGGCGCAAAAAAUUAUAUAACUACGCGACUGUAGUUAGUUUCGUCUCCUUUACAAUAUUCUAUUGUAGUAAAAAUACUACGCAUAUUCUUGUAAGCAGAUUAUUUUGUGGAGUUCUAGGUGGCUUGUUGAUGUCAAUGGUCCUAAUGGUCAUGACUGAGAGCAUGAAGCCAAGAUAUAGGGGUUUAUUUUUUGCUUUGAAAUCAGCUUCCGUGAAUUGGGGUAUCUGGUGUUCCAAUACGAUAGGAACAUUCUGUCCUUACAAUUACAUUGGCAUAGUUGGGAUAUCAUGUUCAAUAAUUAAUUUUUUAAUAACAUUUGUCAUGCCAGAAACUCCAUUCUGGCUUGCAUCAAGGGGCAGAUAUGAAGAAUGCGCAGCAGCACACCGAUGGUUGAAGGGGGCCGACGAGGAUGCCGAGAAGGAGUUGAAAGCGAUUAUUGAAAGUUCCCAAAAAGAUGCCAAAGAGUCAACACAAACACGCAAAUCUCUGUUAACUACAGUUAAAGAAUAUUGGACGAUAAUAGUAUAUCAACCAUCGUUUUACAAACCUGUCUCUAUAGGAUUCAUAAUUCAAAUUAUGCAUGUAGCUUCGGGAAAAAUGGUUCUUGCUAUGUAUGCAAUUGAAAUAUUAGGAAAAGUUACAAAAAAUACAUAUACAAGUCAUUAUUUUAUGUUGAUAUUGGAUGGAUUUAGUGUAUUAGGCAUGUAUAUGGGCUGUGUUUUAGCAAAACGCUUAAAACGAAGAACUAUGUUCUUAUGUUCAUCCACAUUAUCCGCAAUACUGAUGUUUGCGGUGUCAUUUUAUUUGUAUUUGAUUAAAUUCAAAAUACUGUCUGAAAAUAAUAUAAUUUUUUUAAGCAUUUUGGUUUUAUAUUCGUUAGUUACAUGUUGUGGCCCCAUGCUUUUGUUUGGCGUCAUUUGUAGCGAAUUGUUUCCAUUGAAAGGUAGAAGUUUUGGAGUGAUAUUAUCAGGUGUGUUUGAUAGUGCACUUUUUGCAUUAAGUGUAAAAUUUACACCGUAUUUACUUUGGGCUAUUGAUACUGAAAAUACUUUUCUAUUUUAUGCAACUUUUUCUAUCACAUGCAUUUUUCUAGCAUAUAAAUAUCUGCCAGAAACUAAAGAUAAAACAUUAAAUGAAAUUGCGGCCCUAUUUCAAUAAACACUGUAUUGAAUGUUACACCGAUAAAUAAACUUUAGGAAUUUUUUAACUGAAUAUACUUAUUUAUGCAAAAAACAUUAUGCUUCCAUUUAAAUCAAAUCUUUCAUUAACAAAAAAAAAACACAUUUGGCAAAACCUUGUAUGAUCUGAGGUCAAAAGAUUACUAACACUAGUGAUAUGGUUAGUUUGAACCACUACCGGUAGCGUUUUACUGAAUAUGAAGCUUCAUUCAUUUCUUCUUACUUGUUUAAUUUCACCUGUAGGUUCAUUUUUAAAGAACUGUUGUCCCAAUAUUGGCACAUAAGGAACUUAAGUACCUAAGGAAUACUUAAGUAUAGUGACAUGUUUUUAAAGAAACUGCCUGUUGCAUUACUCGUAGUUAUGUAAUGUAAUUUAGCAAACACUGUUUCUAUGAGGAAUUGCACAAAUGGGUUUGUGCAUGAGAUCGGCCUUUAAAACUACCUUUAAAAUUAAAAAAAUUGAAAGUACCUACGGUUUGGCAAGCGCACAGACGAUAUUGGGACUAAACAUUCCAAAAACUUAUUAUUCGUCGUGAUUAACUCCCGCAUUUGGUCAAAUCACUUGUGUUUUCAAAACAGUAGUCAUCAGUCGGUUACCUUGAGUGGAAGCGGUAACAUAAAACAAUCAUUGAUAUGGAGAAUAGAAGUGACAAUGAAAAUGCCUCAGACAAAGUGACUUGGAUUCAGUUUUUGAGACAGGUGAAUGUAAGUUUGACAAUAUGGAGUUAUUUCUUUAUCGUCGGGCUUGUUACUGGAGCACCCACCGUAAUCAUUCCUCAAUUGAUAAAGGAAACCAACACAACGGUGGUUUUAGAGGAUAAAUUUUAUCCCUGGAUAACAUCCAUUAGCAGCUACACAAGUAUACCGUGCAACCUAAUUUUGACUCUCCUUUCUCAUUUUUGUGGACGAAAGAAGACCUUGCUAGCCAUCUCCAUCUGCACCUUUAGCGCGUCGGUACUUCUUUACUACAGUCGCAGCCCCGCGCACAUAUUCUUCAGCCAAAUGAUCUAUGGCGUCACUGGAGCCGGACAAAUGACAGUAUAUGGCCCCAUACUCGCAGAGUAUUCGUCGACUAAAUAUCGAGGAAUCUUCCUUACUUUGAAAUCGGCUACCUUUUUCUGGGGAAUAUGGACCGCAAAUGCAAUUGGAAUAUUUACCCACUACAAAUUCAUUGGACUCCUUGCCGUACUGUGUUCGAGUUAUUGCUUCUCGACUGGAUUUUUUAUACCGGAAUCUCCCUACUGGUUGGCUUUUAAGGGUAAAUAUGAUCAGUGCGCUGAAACCCAUCGAUUAUUAAAAGGAGAAGACGAGAAGGCAGAAAAAGAAUUAAAAGAUCUGAUAAACUUGCAAGAGGAACUACACGUACAUGACGUAAAAUUCAGACCAAUUAAAAAAUGCAUUUUACACUAUGUUGAAAUUAUACAACUACCAGACGUAUACAAACCUAUAUUGCUAUGUUUAUUAGUUUUUUUGGUUUAUCACAUAUCGGGAAAACUUGUGUGUGCUGUUUACGCCUUAGAAAUAAUGAAGGAAAUUACUGAUAAAGAAUCGACAGCACAUAUUGGCGUGCUAGUUUUAGAUGGAUUUAGUGUUUUGGGUAUGUAUAUAGGCUGUGGAGUAUCUAAAGUUCUCAAAAGACGAACAAUUUUGUUAGUGAAUUCAACAAUAGGUACAACAUUUUUAUUCAUAUUGUCUAUUUACUUGUGUCUAGUCAAAUUAAGUGUUAUAUCUCAAAACUCUUAUAUAGUAAUCACUUUACUAGUUGUAUAUUCUUUAGCAAUAUGCUGUGGUCCAGCUAUAUUGUCAACCUCUAUUUAUGGAGAACUAUUACCAGUCAAAGCCAGAAGCUUUAGUAUUUUUUGUACUUCCACGCUCGCUAUGUUAUAUUUUGCUACAAUUAUUAGGGUGUCACCAAUGAUGUUUUCUGUUUUCGAUAUAUUUGGAACUUUUUUAUUCUUCAGCCUUUGUUCAACAAUAUGUAUCAUCCUUACUUAUAAGUAUUUACCUGAAACAAAAGAUAAAACCAUUUAUGAGAUAGCAGCAUUGUUUAAGAAGGAUCAACCUCAAGUAAGGUCUGAAGACGAUCCUAAAAACGUACAAACAAGAAAUCAACGUUAAAAUUCCACGAAAUAUGAAGUGAGCUUGGUCAGAUGGCAUUUCGUGAGCCUCUUCACAUAAAACUUCAUCAUAGAUUAUUAUGAUGGCGUUUUAACUAUUUUGUGGAAGAGUGCACGGAAUAGUGAAGAAUUGUGCAGGUAAUUUUCUCAACUCUUCCUAUUUUUAUAAUUAUAAAUAAAUAAAUAAAUAAUAAUAAAGACGUCUAUUGCCAAUAAAAGAAACUUUCUUUACAGUACAGAAUAUCAUUAUAUUUUAUCUAGCGGCUUCUACUUAAUGUGUCGCAGUAGCCUUUAAAUUAUGUUAAAAGAAUGUGACUAAUUUUAUGAAUUGAAGUCUUUAUUGUGACGCACAGUUCCGCAUUAACAGCGUAAAGUAGUAAAUUAUUCAAAAUGUUUAAGAAGUAGGAAGUACAUCUAUGAAAUACUAAAUAUUUUAGAAUCUAGGAACAAACAGUAAGGUAUUCAAUUCAGUUCAUUAACCAAAAAAAAUACCAACCCAUUACAGAAAACUAUUUGUUUUCGACUUUUUGUUAUCACUAAGUGUUUCUAUAAAUGUUUAUACUUAGGGGAAAAGUGCCGUCAUCGUAUGCUUCGCUUGUUUUUAACUUUAAAAUAAGUUAAUUUAAGUAUUUGGUGUAAACAUUAGGUUAGAUACAUCUGUAUUCUAGACAGAUCUUACCAAAUUGACCGACAAAAGUCGAGUUUAGGCUGAGUUGUACCAACUUACUUUAACAGUAACCGGUGUUUUGUGUGUAUGGUAAAGAAAGAUGGUUCAACCGAGCCUAAAGUGUUUAUUUUGGAAACUAGAUAAAUGUUACUCUAAGGCUCAGUUGCACCAUCUUACUUUAACUCCAAACAAAAAACGACGGUCAUCGUUAUAGUUACGAUCAAAGAUAGGUGGUGCAACCCAGCGAAUAAAUGCAAAAUAAAAGAUACUAGCUUUUGCCCGCGGCUUCACCCGCGUGAAAUUUAGUUUGUCACAGAUCGUCAUAAAUUAUAGCCUUUAUGUUAUUCUGGGUUAUAAACAAUAACACUGUAAAGUUUCAUGAAAAUUUGUUCAGUAGUUUUUGCGUGAAACAUCCACACAAACUUAUAAUAUUAGUAGGAUGACAAUUACUAUGAUGUCCAAGGGUUGUAGGUUCUCCUGGAGGAGACCCUAACGAUGCGACCAUCUUACUUGUACAUGUUUUUUUGUUACUUUUUGUGUGAUACACAAUUAAAAGUUUAACUAUUUCGUUAAUAAAAUGUAUAUUGAUAUAA